AUGGAGGGUCUCAUCCCUCUGGUUUACAAGACCAUCAAGAGAAGCAACACUCGUCGGAAAUACAAGUGUCUCUCGUCCGGAGCUGCUCAAGGCUAUAACCAUGCCGCUGAUUUUCAGGCCGACCGUCACAUAUAUUUGGGGCCACCGCCGGAGAAGUUUGCUGGACUCAAUGAAGAAUAUACUGGUCACCUAAGAAGCCAAACGGUCAAAGAAUUGUCCGGAGGGUUCUUUUCCUCCCAGCCAACCGUCAAGGAGCCUCGUUUGUCAAAGCAAUUGGUGCGUUUUCGAAGCUACCGAAUGUUCUCCUGCAUCAAUGGUGCAUAG